AUGAGAGUCUUCGACCCCAUCAACGUCGCUCUGGCCUACUGCGCCAUCAUCAUAGGAUUGAAGGCCUUGUUCUACGCCCUAAUUCAGCUCUCCGAUCUCCUCUACUCUCUCCCAGGUCUUCCAGAGCUACCGACUAUCAGGACCAUCUCGAUGGCGGCCAUAAGUUUCUGGAUCCUCGCCCACGCUCUCCUCGUCGUCCCGUUCGUUUUCCUCUGCACUAUAAACCCGGAAAUCCGAAACUUUUUCCCUUUUUUCGGUUACUCGGACGAACUUGCGACGAGACUCGAGGAGCGAGUCUUCCGCUACGUUACCAUUGCCUUCGUCCCUUACCUCAACUUGGGGUGGCAAGCCUUCGUCGUCGUCGCCAGCUUCCUAUAUCGGACCACGGCCCAGCUUGCCAGUUCAAUAAUCGACAAGACGGUCACGAAAUUUACCGCGGAAGCCGUUACCAGCGAACCCUCCCUCAACCUCGUCCCAAGUUUGACUAUCGAAGAGCAAGCAGCUGAAGCACGGAGAUGCCGGCUCCCAGGCCCCGUGUGCGACGCUGCUCGCUCUCAGCUCGAAAUCAAGCGACGAGAAGUCAACGAGUUGGUCAGACAGCUCGGGGAGGCGGAACAACGCGAGCUCGACGCGUCUGGUGCGGUGACUGCAGAGCGAGAGACCCGAAGGCACCUCGAGCAACGCCUGGUUCGAACCGAGCAGCAGCUCACGCGUUACGGCCCAGAAGUGAAUGCCGUCCGAAACCUCGAACUACAGCUGGCUGAGUCCGAGGCGAGGAUCGGCGAGGCCAACGCCCGCACCGAGACGGCCGAACGACUUCUGAGAACAGAACUCGAGCACUCGAAGUGGGCCGUGGAGCGAAAGGAAGCCCAAGCCAAGAAGCUCCACGACGACCUCAGAAACGUUGUACAGACGGCGAAAGAGAGAAUCGGGACGUUGAAGGCCGAAGUAGGAUCCUUGCAGCGACAGUUGGACUCGACGAAACGGGAGAACACAUCCUUCGACGUCCAGGCUCUGAUGGCAGAGAAGGAUGAAACCAUCCAGACUUUGAUCGCAGAGAAAGACGAGACCAUCCAGACUUUGACCGAAGCGGGGCUCGCCAUCGAGAAAGAUCGGAACAACAAGAUGGAAUACGCCGAGAGGAUGUAUGCCUCGCUGAUCGCAGAGAACGAGAGUCUGCGCCGCCAGCUGAGCGAUUCGACGAACGACAUGCAAGCAGGCGAAAACGACGCUGACAUCGCUUCCUUGCGCGCCGCUCUGACAGAGUCCCAGCAGAAAAUUCAGAGGAUCGAGGAAGCCUUUUCCGAGAAGCAAACGAAUCUUAAUGAGAUCAGUACUCUUCUCCAGAACAAUGCGAUCGUGUCAGACGCCGAGAUCUCGUCUUUGCGAGUCGCUCUGGCAGAGUCUCAGCAGCACGUUCAAAUGAUCGACGCAGCGCUCGUCGAAAAGAAGACGAAGCUUGAAGAAUCUGAGACUCGACUUAAGAAUCACGUCAGCGUUUCAGAAAACACCAUCAAUGACGCCAAAAGCGAAGUCGACAGGUUGCAUGCCGAGCUCGAGAGCCAGGUUACUAUCGAACGAACCGCUCACGCCAACGAGAUGAACCAGGCCUCGGCCAUCCAUACCCAGCAGCGACAACAUAUCACCUCCAUACGCAGCGACCUGGAAGUUUCAAAUAACGAAAAGAUAACUCUCCAUCAGGAGAUCUCGAGACUUCAAGAGUUGGUUCAACAGCAUGUCGCCUCGAAUUCUAUGAACGAGGGGAUCGAACAGCAACUGGCGGCUGUUCGAAAUCAACACCAGGCGGACAUGAACCAAGCGAACGCCGUACUCGCAACAAAAGACGAGACUAUCAAGCAGCUGGAGGGGAAACUCGAGGAUUCUCAACAAGAGAUCGCCAGUCUGACGAACAAAGUGACCGAGAUGGACGGAGGUAUAGACGGCGAGGACUUUGAUGAGUUGGAGGAGAAGCUACGAAAGGCCCUCACCAACGAGAAGAACAACCUCGAGCGAAUCGCCGAUAUGGAGGAGGAGCUGAAACAGGCCCGUGGCGAUGAGAAGAAACACAUCCAAGAAAUUGCCAAGAUGAAGAAGAAGAGGCAGGUCGAUGCCAACAAGGAAAUGGAGAGUUCCAUGAAGCUUAAAAAGAAGCUCAGAGAGGUUUGCGAGGAGCGGGACAUUCUCGCCGCCGGCAACGACGACCAAGAACUUCGCAGCGCAAUAGGGAAAGCCACCUACGAAACGGCCAAGCGAGACAUACGCAUCGGAGAGUUGGAAGAGAAGAAGGCGCCGCAGACGCAGAAGCAGACGCAGACAUCAGACUACACGGACGAGGAAUUAAACAAACACAUGAUAGCCUUGGGGCUGAUCGAGGGUGACGAGCGGGAGGGCCCCGCCGACAAAGUAGGCUCCAAGAAGGAGACUCAGUCGAACGACGACACGGAGAUGGAAGGUUCACAACCGUCCGCAGCCAAGGGUACAGAAGCCAGCGACCAUAAGAACAACGCGCACGAGGGAGAUGACGACUCCUUCGAGGCGGCGAUGAACGAGGCCAUCGACGAGUCGAACCGCGAGUACAGUGCUCAAACAACCGUCACAUUCACCCCCGACGUCCAGGUCCCGGGAGUCUUUAACCCCAUCGCGCAACCCGGUCCCUCCAGCACAGCACCGCAACUCUCGAGCUUCUUCGGCGGCCAGUCAUAUUUCUCAGCCUUUGGAAAGGACGGAGCGAAGUCUCCCAAGAAAGACUGA